AUAAUUGGCUACAGUGCAGGUCGAGAUCAUCAUCAUCAUCAUCAUCAUCGUACUCUUUUCUUUAAUAAAUUGGAUGUUUAUUCAGAGCAUAGCCUUCUCGCCUGAACUCUACUGGACUGAACUUCAAGGCUGAAGCGAAGCUCUAUUCCUCUCCGUCUUUCCCAAAAACCAAAAUGAAAGCCAAAACCGGGCACCUUCUUCUACCCUUCUUCUUCCUCCUCAUCCUUUGUUUCUCUGCAGAUUCGGGUUUGGCCGUUUCUCUGGAAUACGAAACCCUGGUGUUGGGAUCUCUUCCCCUACCCCAACGACACCCCCUUUCAUGGACCACCACAGACUCCGAAUCGGAACUCGACUCCGGAAGUGGAACCGCGACUCUCUCCCUGCAGCUUCACCACCGGGACUCUCUCUCCUCCUUCAACGCCACUCCCGAGAGCCUUUUCGGCCUCAGACUCCAAAACGACGCCGCCAGAGCAAACUCCUUGAUGGCCGCCGUCAGAAGAAACCGCACUAGCGGCUUCAGCAGCUCCGUCAUCUCGGGGCUCGGCCAAGGCAGCGGCGAGUACUUCACUCGCAUCGGCGUUGGCACGCCUCCCAAGUUUUUUUACAUGGUGCUCGACACGGGCAGCGACGUCGUUUGGAUGCAGUGCCGCCCCUGCAAGAAAUGCUACCCCCAGACGGGCCCCAUCUUCGAUCCCACCAAAUCAGCCUCUUUCUCCGCCGUCCCCUGCGGCUCGCCUCUCUGCCGCCGCCUCGACUCCCGGGGCUGCAGCCGCCGCCGGGUCUGCCUCUACCAAGUCUCCUACGGCGACGGAUCCUUCACCGUCGGCGAGUUCGCCACCGAAACCUUGACGUUCCGCACAAGCAGAGUGAAAAACGUCGCGCUCGGAUGCGGUCACGACAACGAAGGGUUGUUCGUCGGCGCCGCCGGGCUGCUCGGUCUUGGCAGGGGGAGGCUUUCAUUUCCGGUCCAGACCGGUCGCCGGUUCGGCCGGAAAUUCUCGUACUGCCUGGGUGACCGUUUGGCUUCCUCCAGGCCGUCGUCGAUCAUCUUCGGCCAGUCGGCCGUUUCCCGAACCGCCGUGUUCACACCGCUAGUUACAAAUCAAAAGCUCGACACUUUCUACUACGUCGGACUCACCGGAAUCAGUGUCGGAGGUAUUCGAGUCCGUGGCAUCACGGCUUCGCUGUUCAAGCUGGACAACGCGGGGAACGGCGGGGUGAUCAUCGACUCGGGCACGUCAGUGACCCGUCUAACCCAACCGGCCUACGUAGCCCUGCGCGAUGCGUUCAGGGCCGGGACGACCCGUUUGAAGCGGGCGCCCGACUUCUCACUGUUCGACACGUGCUUCGAUCUCUCGGGGAAGACGGUGGUGAAGGUUCCGACGGUGUCGCUGCACUUCGUGGGAGCAAACCUGGCGUUGCCGGCAUCGAAUUAUCUGAUUCCAGUGGACAGCAAGGGCACGUUUUGCUUUGCCUUUGCGGGGACCAUGAGCGGGUUGUCCAUCAUCGGGAACAUCCAGCAACAGGGGAUACGGGUGGUGUAUGAUUUGGCCGGAUCCAGGGUCGGGUUCUCCCCACGCGGGUGCAAUUAAGUAGAAAGCAAGCGGCAUGUUUGGGGAGAAGGGGAAAGCUCUUGUUUUUUUCGCUUGCCAUUUUUAUUAUAACUUUUUCUAUUCCAAGAAAAUCUUUUGACAAAAAAAAGACUGGUAGAACAAAAAGAGAAACAUCUCCACGUGCGGUUUGUUGGAAUAAUAAUAUAUAUAUAUAUAUUUGCUAAAGUA